AUGGCAGCGCGCUAUGAGAUGAUUCAAUUUGCAAACCGUCAUGAGAAGCAGGCUAAAGAAGCGUGUGAACAGCGUAAUAUCUGGGAAUUUCGAGCACAUCAAGCUGAAGCAGAGUUAGCAACCAACAAGAAACAACUUGAGGAGGCAUUCCAGCGUCUUGAAGCUUCAAAUGAGACGCUCUCGAGUGCAAAGGCAUCGAUUGUACAGCUACAAGGAGAACUCAUGGAGUCAGUAGCAGAGAUGCUCAGUCUGGACAGCAGACUACGUAAAGCUCAUGAGAAGCUCACGAAGCACGCUACUGAUGGAAGCGGAUAA